UCAGAACUGCUUAUACACGACAGUCUCCGAGAGUUUCUGAGCUCCCCAUAAAUAAUACAAAAGGGCUCUGAAGGCACGCAGCCAUCCUAAGAAUGUCAUCGCACCAGUUUGGAAUGAACAUCCGCCAGCCGCACCACCUCCAGGAACGCGGGUACAUCCCCAUCGCGGACCAUGCCUUGAUCGGUAACCUGAGGACAGCUGCUCUGGUCAGCUUAGAUGGAUCCAUCGAGAGCUACUGCGUGCCGAACUUUGACUCGCCGUCGAUCUUCGCGCGCAUCCUGGACAAGGACAAGGGCGGCCACUUCUCCAUCACGCCCACCGUGCCGUUCACCACCAAGCAGGCGUACCUCCCCUCCUCCAACGUCCUCCAGACAAAGUUCAUGAACGACCAGGGCGUCGUCAGCGUCACCGACUUCCUCCCUCGCCAACGCGAACCGAGCACGAAACCCCUCCUCUUCUGGCUGGUCCGCCGCAUCGAAGUCAUCCGCGGCGCCCUCCCUUUGCAGCUCACCUGCGCGCCCGCCUUCAACUACGCGCGCGACACCCACACCACCGCCAUCAUCCCCGACACCUCCGUCCCCUACCCCGCGCAACAAAAGGCGCUCUUCCACUCCGCGGACCUAGACCUGGACCUGCGGUUCGUGGGAGAGAGCCUCGUGGAGGGCGUUCCCGAGCCGAGCGUGCAGCUGGAGCUGCUCGACCUCAGCGGGAAGGGGCACAAGGGCCCCGCGGUGCAGAGCACAUUAACGCUCACAGAGGGGCAGGCGGUGACGUUCGUGCUGCGCGUGCCGCCGAAGGAGGGCGCGAAGGUGCCGGCGCCGAGCGUGCAGAGGGCGGAGGAGCUGGGGGUCAGCUUGCCGAGUCUGAUCGAGUCUGCGUCCCGCUUGAGGGCGCCUGACGACCCGCUCCUGACGAAGACCCUUGUCCAAAGGCUCCUAAAUGAAACCAACACCUACUGGAACACCUGGAUCCGCGGGAGCACCUACACCGGCGCGUGGAAGGAGGCCGUGCACCGCUCCGCGCUCGCGCUCAAGCUCCUCAUCUUCGAGCCGACCGGCGCGGUCGUCGCGAGCCCGACGUUCAGCCUGCCGGAGUACAUCGGCGGGACGCGCAACUGGGAUUACCGGGCGUCGUGGAUACGCGACGCGUCGUUCAUACUGUAUGCGCUGAUGCGGCUCGGGUUCACGCAGGAGGCGAACGCGUACAUGGACUUCAUAUUCGAUAGGAUUCAGGACAAGAACCCCGACGGCAGCCUGCAGAUCAUGUACACCAUCCACGGCGGGAAGGAGUUCCCCGAGGAGGAGCUGACGCACCUCGACGGGCAUAAGGGGUCGAGACCUGUGCGCAUGGACUCGGUGUACCUGAGUCAGAAGUUCGGGCGGCCGCUGUCCUAUGAUACAUGGGUCGGAGUGCGAGAGCUAGUAGAUUAUGUGGUAGCCAACUACAACCGCCCUGACCUGUCUAUCUGGGAAGUGAGGAACAGGAUGCGGCACUUCACGUAUUCCAAGAUCAUGAUGUGGGUCGCAAUUGACAGAGGCUUGCGACUGGCCGACAAACGCUCGCUCCCGUGCCCGAACCGGCUGAAGUGGCUGACGGCGCGGGACGAUCUCUACGAGCAGAUCAUGAAACAUGCGUGGAACUCAGAGAAGAAGUUCUUCGCACAGAGCUACGAAGACAAGGACGUGCUCGACUCGGCGGUGCUCAUCAUGCCCCUUGUGUUUUUCUCCCCUGCUAGCGACCCGCGGUUCGUGAGCACUUUGAAGCAGAUUUUAAAGACACCGGAACGCGGUGGCUUGACCUCGAACAAUCUGGUAUACCGGUACGAUGUCACUAAGACCGACGACGGUGUCGGCGGCGAAGAGGGAACUUUCUGCUUGUGUACUCUCUGGUGCGUCGAAGCCCUGACGCGUGCCGGAGAGUAUGACAAGUCGAUGUUGGCGCGAGCUGUAGCGAUGUUCGAGGACUUCAUUCAAUACACAAACCACGUUGGGCUGUGCACCGAGGAGAUCUCGGCUUCUGGAGAGGCCCUCGGGAACGCUGUGCAAGGCUUCACCCAUGUAACCCUCAUCUCAGCCGCGUUCAACCUCUCGAGAGUUCAAGGUAGAGCUGCUUCUGGACAACCCGGACUUGGGAACUGA